AUGCUCUUCCUGGACUACAAUUCAGUUUUCAAUACCAUCCGCCCAGGCAAACAGAUAGAGAAGCUGACAGACCUUGGCGUCUCGACUCCCACCUGUAACUGGAUCCUGGACUUCCUGACAGAUAGACCACAGAUGGUGAGAAUAGGAGGACAGGUGUCUAAUAAACUCAUAAUCAGUACAGGUUCCCAGCAGGUAUUACUGAAACAUUACAAAAUGGAUUUUCAGGUAUUUCCUGGCAACAGUAAUGCAAACAGUGUGGUCCAGCACAAACUCCAGCACCCUGCGAUUGCUCGAUACGUCCUUCUGAUUCCUCUGGACUGGAAUCCAAAUGGUCAGAUUGGACUCAGGCUGGAGGUUUUUGGAUGUCCUUACAAUUCAGACACAGUGAGCUUUGAUGGCCACAGCAGCCUUUUCUUCAGGUUGAAUCCAAGGAUGAUGCAGGCAACCACUGAAAGCAUUUCUCUGAAAUUUAAAACCAUGAAAAACUCUGGGACACUUUUUCACACAGAAGGACCAAAUGAACAUGGCCUCACUCUGGCGUUAGAGAAAGGAAAACUUCUCCUUCUGCUCAGAAAAGGUCGCAGUUUGUCCCUGAACACCCAGCACGUCGUGUCUCUUGGCAGCCUGUUGGAUGACCAGUAUUGGCACCAGGUUGCAGUGGAGAUUCACAGAGGUCACCUCAACCUCACUGUGGACAAAAGCACUACGUGGGUGGAAAUCCCACCUUGGUUUGGCUUCUGGGAUCAUGAUCAGGUGAACGUGGGAGCAGGCCAGGACCUCAAAUCUCAGAGAUCAAACAGAAAUUUCCACGGAUGUCUGGAAAACCUUAUUUAUCACGGCUUGAACUUGGUAGCUCUUACUAAACAGGAGGACCAGCGGGUUACUGUGAAGGGCGAAGUGACCUUUUCCUGCACUGAACCUGUUUUUGUUGCCAUGACAUUCACUGGCCACCAGAGCUUUUUGAGGUUACCAGGAGGCACAGGUCCAUCAGUGGGCACGUCAGUGGGACUUCAGUUUCGAACGUGGGAUAGAGAAGGGCUGCUGCUGACCUUUGAGCUCUCAAAGCAAGAAGGAACAGUUUGGCUGCACCUGAGCGAAGCCAGUCUUCACCUACAGAUCCACAAACCUGGCAGGAUGCCCCUGGAACUAAAAGCAGGUUGGAGCCUAAGUGAUGGCCAGUGGCACUCAGUGGAUCUGACGUCAGGAGCAGAACAUUUGAGCGUCACAGUAGAUGGAAAUGAAGGAACAACUGCUAAAGCCAGUCCUUCAUAUCAGGUCACACCAGGAAGUCAACUUUUCUUUGGUGGUUGUCCUGCAGACAACAGCACCUUGGAGUGCACAAAUCCUUUCAGAGCUUUCCAAGGCUGCCUGCGCCUGCUGACCAUUAACAACCAGCCGGUGGAUUUAGUCAAAGUGCAGCAGAGGAGGAUGGGAGAUUACAGUAACCUUCAGAUUGAUAUGUGCGGCAUUAUUGACAGAUGUUCUCCACAUCAUUGUGAACACGGAGGCAGCUGCAGUCAGUUGUGGAGCACCUUUCACUGUAACUGCUCCGGCACCGGCUACAGCGGAGCCACAUGUCACAGCUCAAUUUAUGAACAGUCCUGUGAAGCAUACAAACAUAAAGGGAACACAUCAGGGCAUUAUUACAUCGAUGUGGAUGGCAGUGGACCCAUCAAACCUCAGAUGGUAUUCUGUAACAUGACAGAGGACAAGACGUGGAUGGUGAUCCAACACAACAACACAGAACUCACCAAAAUCCAUCAAUCGCCAGAAGGAAGUCACUAUUCGACUACCUUUAAAUAUGCAGCAGACGAGGAGCAGCUUUUAGCAAUCAUCAGCCAAUCGGAGCACUGCGAACAAGAAGUGGAAUACCACUGCAGGAAGUCAUGUCUCUUCAACACAUCAGAAGGUUUUCCACUCAGCUGGUGGGUUGGAGGUCCAGAUACAGGACAAAAGCAGACUUACUGGGAUGGGGCUCUUCCAGGCAGUCAACAGUGUACCUGCAGUCUGGAGGAGAACUAUACUGAUCCCAAACAGCACUGUGACUGUGACGUUGACAGCUCUGCAUGGGUUAAUGACUCUGGUUUAUUGACCCAUAAGGAGUCACUUCCUGUCAGAUCUCUGGUGCUGGGAGAUAUCCAAAGGCCUGGAUCAGAAAGUGCAUACAAGGUGGGACCUCUCCGUUGCCAUGGAGACAAAAAUAUCUGGAAUGCUGCACUUUUCAAUGAGGAGACGUCAUAUCUCCAUUUCCCCACAUUUCACCGAGAGCUAAGUUCAGACUUCUCCUUCCUGUUUAAAACCACAUCAUCCUCUGGUGUCUUCCUGGAAAACUUGGGCAUCAGAGAUUUCCUCCGCAUUGAACUCAGCUCCUCCACCGAUGUCCUCUUCUCCUUUGAUACGGGUAAUGGCCCUCUUCAGGUUCGUGUGAAGGCUGGCUUCCCGCUGAACGACGACAGGUGGCAUCGCAUUCGAGCCGAGCGAAACGUGAAAGAGGCAUCACUACGCAUCGAUGAACUCCCUGCUGCCAUGCAGGAGGCUCCGGCUGAUGGGCCCAUUCACCUGCAACUGAACAGCCAGUUAUUUAUAGGAGGCACUGCUUCGAGGCAGAAGGGUUUUCGAGGUUGUAUACGCGCCCUGCAGCGGAACGGUGUCCCUCUGGAUCUGGAGGAGAGAGCGAGGAUCACCCCCGGGGUCCAGACCGGGUGUCCUGGUCACUGCAGCAGCUACGGCUCCCUCUGCCAGAACUCUGGCCAGUGUGUGGAGGAAAUCAAAAGCUUUUCCUGUGAUUGUAGCCCAUCUGCUUACACUGGAGCUUUCUGCGACGAAGAAGUCUCUGUCAGCUUUAAACCACAGACAUCCAUCAGCUACUUCUUUACGGAGCAAAAGGUGAAUGAGCCAAGCAUCCGCUCCUUCUCCUCCACUGUUCCUGACUUGAUCCUGAGAGCAGAAAACAUCUCCUUAAGCUUCAGGACCAACCAGAGUCCCGCUUUGCUCCUAUGUUUGGCCUCUUACCAUGGACAGUACCUGGCUCUGUUGCUCAAUAAGCAAGACAUGCUGGAGGUGAGGUACAGGCUGGACAGCAGCAAAGACGCAGAGAUCCUGAGGAGCAAAGUGAAGAACCUCGCCAACCAGCAGCUGCAUGAUAUUACCAUCCACAGGCUGGCCGACACUGUCACUCUGCAGAUUGACCAAAAUGACAAGGAGCAUUUUAACCUGACAUCUGGUGCUGAGUUCAACGGUGCUGGCUCACUGACUCUUGGCAGAAAGCACAAUUUUGCAGAGCUGGAUCGAGAACUGGCUCAGCUCGGCUCUCUGGGUUUUACAGGUUGUCUGUCUGCAGUUCUUUUUAACUCCAUCAGUCCCCUGAAAGCUGCUCUACUCCACCCAAACAUCAGUCCAGUUGUUGUCAGCGGCCCACUCAUCAGGUCUAGUUGUGGCUUCACUUCAGCCAAUCCCUAUACAGCAGAGACCACACGUCAUCUGUCAGACCAGUCUGGAUCAGAAAGAGCAGGUCAGCCUGUAGUGAAUGCCAUCAGGAGUGAAUCAGUUCUCAUCGGAGGUAUCGUAGCGCUGGCAAUCUUUGGGAUGAUGUUUGCAUUGGUCAUUCUGGCUCGAUUCCUAUACAGAAGGAAGGGGACGUUUCAAAACCAGGAGGUGAAAAAAACAGAAGACACAUCUGGGCUGCCAUUCACCAAACAGACCUGCUUACAGAAUGGGAUGAAGCACAGUGUCCUCCCUGAGGGCAGGAGUGAACAGUCCAUGUUCAGGAGGGAUGAGUUCAAGGAGCAUGCAGGCUCUUGUCCUGCACCUGGUGGUAUAAAUGUCCCUGGGAGAUGCGUUGGUGUUGGUGCAUCAGGUGAAUAUGCUGCUCAGAUGUACCCUGAGGUACCUGACAGAGGGGACCAUCUUCACCACUGCUCCAUCGAUAUAGAGUGGGAGGGGAGCAUUGCCAGUCCUGCAGAAAUCCACUACCAUCUCCUUGGUCUACUGGAGGUUGACGAUGAGGUUGUGCCUGUACCAGCACUUCAAGCCCUUCACCUCCCGCCUGUAUGA